AUGGGUCUAUUAUCUCGAUUCUGGCGCAAGGCGACGGCGACUCCCUCAAAUGGCUCAGCUAUAUCCGUCGCUACCGAGAACCCUUUCUCAGCCAGCAAGGGCUGGCAACCAACUGGGCAGGAGGACUCUCAAGAUGACUUCUCUAUGCAUAUACCGGGCGCAUUUCCCUCAUCACCUUCUCUGUCCCCACGGCUUGCGCCAAUUGAGCGCGUGGAGGACGAUGUACCAACACAGGAAUUCGAUCGUAUGGAGAUCGAUGUUCCCUCCAUACCAGAACUUCGCACCGACCUUGGGGCUCAUCUUCGGCCUACAAGACUACGGCGGGCACCGAGACCAGUUCCCAACCAAGCCUCACAUCCUCCAUCCACCUUAGCACCGAGGCAAGAUGAGGUACACCAGGAUGGCAUGGAAAUCGAUGACCCAUGGGCGGAACGAUUCAGGGCAUACGAAAAAUUACCAUUUGGUCAACCUGUUUCUGCCGUACAAUUGGUGCAUCCUCAAAGGAAGCCAGUUCCGGUGGAUCGCACCGCGUCCAUCUUUGCAUCAGAAUGGGAGAAGCUGGAGAUUGAAAGAAGAGAACUAGAAGGCGUUGAAGGGCGCCCAGCAAGGAUCAGACCACAAGGAGAAAGUGUGCGCCAACUAUCGUGGGACUGGCUGGAUAAGGUUUCAAGAGCCAUGCAAAGUUCCGGUGUGGUGGCUCAAACUCUCUCUGGAGAUGCCCUAUACCAAAAAGACAUUGCCACUUGCAUCAAACCGCUUGCUUGGCUCAACGAUGAAAUCAUCAACUCGUACCUUGCCGUUAUAACGCAAUAUCUUCAACAGUCGGCUGGGAACAAGGCGCCAAACGACCGACCUCGAUACCAUGCUUUCAACAGCUUCUUCUAUUCCAGCCUUCGCGAUAAGGGAUACGACGGUGUACGCCGAUGGGCCAAGCGAGCGAAGAUCGGUGGUGAGGGGCUGUUGGAAGUUGAUACGGUCUUUGUUCCCGUUCACGAGUCCAGUCAUUGGACACUGCUGGUAGUUAGACCGGCGGAUCGAACAAUUGAGUACUUUGAUUCCCUAGGUGCGCGAGGGGCACGUCAAGUGAAAAUAAUUAAAUCUUGGCUGCUUGGAGAGCUUGGCACUAAGUUUGUUGACUCAGAAUGGACGAUACUCCCCUCCGCCUCGUCUUGCCAAGACAAUGGCAGCGAUUGUGGCGUGUUUCUCUUGACAAAUGCGAAAGCAAUUGCCUUGAACAUCGAGCCUACAGCAUUCGGAGCUCGUGAUACCACAUUGCUACGAAGGAAGAUCGUGGCAGAGAUCAUGAACGGUGGCCUUCAUGGCGAGUUUAGUCCAGUUGAUAAAACAGGUGCUAUCCUGCUUUGA